GCUUACUAACACGACUUCUAUGAUGGCACUUCUCCAACAUCCAGUCAAAAAGUUUCUGCUGUGUCUACAUACAACUACCGUACCAUGCGAAGCAUUGGUUGUCAACUGCUGUCCCAGGAAGGUUGAAAAUCAAACAUGAAGCGGUUGUGUCUGUGACUUCGAACAUGCUUACGGAAAGCUUUAUCGCAGCCACAUUGACUGCAAAUAAAGCUGCUGCUCACACGAGCGCGGCCUUGAAGGAUGUAGGCAUCUUUCUCCACGAGUUCCAGCCGCAGAGCACAUUUCGACAUGGAUACAAGAAGAGUUCCAGUCAACCCGGUUGCGUUGCUGUCAGCGACUCCCACAUCUUUGCAGCACAAGCUGACAAAGCCGUGGUCAACGUCUACAGCCGAGAUCGGGGCAUUCAGGAAGCAACUGUCCCCUUUCCAGAACGAGUCCACAGUCUCGCUUUCGCUAGACGAGCAGCAACCUUGAUUCUUGGAACAGAGGAAGGGAAAUUGAUGCUGUGGGAGGUGGCCACAGGAAGACUUACGACCACUACUUCUGCCCACCUGCAACCGGUGUCUUCUCUAUGCAUCACUCCCAAUGACGAAUAUAUCAUUUCUGCUUCAGCUGACACAAGUGUUUAUGUAUGGUCUUUGACACAAUUGCUUUCGUUCGCGCAACAGGGGAGAGAUUUUGGUACCGAGGAGACGUCCAAGGCACCAGUCCAAACCUUCUCGGGCCAUAGAACGGCUAUCACUGCGGCCGCUUGUGGUCACGCUGAAAGUACGACGAACUUUGUGUUGACCGCCUCUGAGGAUGGGACAUGUUACCUAUGGCACGUGGAGACUUGUCAGAUUCUUCGGACUCUGCUCCUUCCGACGCCACUUACGAGCGUCACACUCGAUCCUGCUGACAGAGUGAUCUACUUUGGCUGCAAAGACGGGCAGAUAUUCUCGUGGGACAUGUUCCGGCAUGCACAUGCUGAGAAAAAGGCCAUCUCCAAAGUUGACCUGAAGGACAUCGCUCCAGUGCAGCUGACGGCCAGAGAUGCCUGGGCCGCUCCAACCAAGGAUGUCGGUGCUGCAAACUGCCUAACCUUGUCCUAUGAUGGCACCUCGCUUCUAUCAGGGCAUUUUAAUGGCGCCAUUAUCCAAUGGGAUGUUGCGAAACAUCGUGUCUUGAACGAAAUUGCAAAUCUUGGCCAACCGGUCACCAACAUCGAAAUGCUUAAGCCUACUGGCUUCCCCACCCAAGAGACAGCAGGAUACAAAGUCAUCAAUGUUGUCAAACCAAACCUAGAGCUGACCUCGUCGACCGAUAACGGCACUUGCUGUGUUCCGGCAAAGUAUAAUCUUAAUGUGAUGGUUUCUACACAAAGGCCAGCGCCGUCGAUGGGUGACAUCGACCAUGCCAUUACCAGCCACGGGAUUUCAUCUGCUCUUCUUGACGGUGCUUUACGUGCGCUUGUCUCUGAGACUGGGAUCCCCACAAAUCAGCCAUCGGCUCCGGCUCGGGCACCGGCACCUGAGAGUGACAGCACCGCAUCAAAUUUCAAGGUCCAAAGUCUGGAGGAAGAGGUCGCCAAGUUGAAGCAACAGAUUGCAGCCAUUGGAAAAGUGGAGGAAAAGCGAAAAGAGAAGAGAUUGAAGCGGAUGAUCAAGAGAGACAACAUCGAUGCCAAAAUGAGGGAAGCGUACUUUGAAGCCGUGAAAAAGGGAAAGGAUGGCGAAGCAGCCAUGAAGAAAUGGCAAAAGCAGAAAGAAGCCCUUGAUGCCGAGAGUGACGAGGAAUAUCUGGACGACAAGAUGGAUCUGACAUGAAGGAAAGAGAGCUUCUCGGAGUUCCCUCCAUGACUCAGAUGCCUGCCUGCCUGCCCAGCUUCGAUGGAUGAACCGAUCGCCCCCACGACGUACCAGUCUAAGGGGUUGUGCUUUCUUGACAUCAACGGUGUCCCACCAAGGGUUGUGCCCGCAAUCCGAGCCCAAGUCUUUGACAGCACAGUACCAUUUGUCCUGUCGAAUCCUUCAACUGGGCAUUCCUGUUAUGCCUAGAAAACAACCAAUGCAUCGCACCAUAGCCCCACUGUUGGCUAUACGCGCAAUUGCUCACGCCGUGUCCUGUUGGGAUGAGCCGGAAAAGGACGAAUGAUGAACCGUCCCAUUGACGACCAGAAGAUAUGACUCAACCCCGACAACUUGGGUUGAUAUGGCGCACAAACCCCGGGUUCUGCGCCAUGUGCAGGGACGCGCCCCAGCUGUACAAUAUGAUCCCGGGAGUUGGAACAUAAUCAAAUGCUCCUAGAUUGCCACAGAACCCCUGACUACCCGAGGUCCAUGGGUUCAGAGUCGAAAGAGGCUCCUGAGUCGUCCAGGCUGUGUUGUGUACUGGGUAUCUGAAGCUGCUAGAAGUGUCUAAGACUAUCAGAGCGGUGGAAGGCUUGUCGAUCAUCUAGAUCGACUGUGAGAAUUCCUCCAACGAGGCAAAUAAUGGACCGGCUCUGGAUCCGCCAGCUCUUGAUACGCUUCUUGUUUAGGCAUCCUCUUGUCAUUUCCCAACGUAACUUGGCAAGUCGGCUUGCUGCCAGUAGGAUGAAAAAUAUAGGUCACAUACCACCAUUCCAGCCCAAUACGAUAUCCCACUGUAAUAUACAGUUCGGAAACAUCCCAUAGAGAUUGGAUUGAAUUGAACAAGAAAAAAAAUUAAAUUAGCUGA